CACCAAAUUUACAAAAUUACAUGCGGCUAUCUAUCCUCUCAUUACCAACCUCUUGCACGUGUAUCGUCCAAAAGGCUCUCGAACUUCAAGGAUCCUCUCCUCCUUCUCCAUCGUCUGAUCAACUCACCGGUGUAGAUCAACGUCCAGUUUCUCUUCCCCUCUCCAUACUACCAAACACUCGCCGGGCCAUUCUCCAUUUUGUUAAUGAAGCGAUAUGCAAUGGAGAAGGAGCUAAUUGAACUGUUCGAUUCGGCGAAAAAAGCAGCGGACGCCGCGGCUGUUGGAGGCGGAGGCGCGGAAUCUUCGCCGGAGGAAGAUCGAUGUCUUGACGCUUUGAAAGUGCUUAAGAAAUUUCCUGUUAACUAUCAAAUCCUUGUUUCUACUCAGGUAGGGAAACGUCUUCGUCAAUUAACAAAACACCCAAGAAAAAAGAUCCAAUCACUCGCGUCUGAACUAGUCGAGACCUGGAAAGGCAUAAUAGUUAAAGAAACAUUAAAAAACAACUCAGAGACCAAAGAAUCUCCAAAAUCAGAACAUGGGUCGAAAAUGUCCGAAAAGAAAACUCAAAGGACCAAUUCUGUCAAACUUCCAAAGACGGAGGAUGCGAAGGUCGAAAAAAACUUAAACAAAACGAACAAUUCCGGUCCCCCAAAGAUGAAUUCUCUCGUCUACUGCAAAGAUCCCAUACGCGAUAAAAUCCGUGAACUUUUAGCCGAAGCAUUAUGCAAAGUUUCCACGGAAGCGGAUGAGGAUUCAAAGGAUGAAAUCAACGGUUGUGAUCCAUAUCGGGUGGCUGUAUUGGUUGAGUCAGCAAUGUUUGAAAAAUGGGGGAAAUCAAACGGGUCCCACAAGUUUAAAUACCGAUCGAUAAUGUUUAAUGUGAAAGAUCCGAAAAAUCCGGAUUUCAGAAGGAAAAUAUUGUUGGGACAUGUGAAGCCGGAGAGAAUUUUGGAGUUGACACCCGAAGAAAUGGCGAGUACAGAAAGACAAAUGGAGAAUGUGAAGAUAAAAGAAAAGGCGAUGUUUGACUGUGAACGUGGGGGCCCACCGAAGGCGACUACAGAUCAGUUUAGGUGUGGAAGAUGUGGGAAACGGAAGUGUACGUAUUAUCAGUUGCAGACACGAAGUGCGGAUGAGCCGAUGACGACUUUUGUCACGUGUGUGAAUUGUGAUAAUCAUUGGAAGUUUUGUUGAGGGGUGGAAGUUGUCAUUUAUGUUUUUUUAGGGUUGAUGUGUUAUUUUUUUUCAAUUCGCGGUAGUUGUAGGUAGUUUUUGCGCAAUAGGCUAUGUAUUUUCAUUUUCUUCCAUGGAUG